GUUCGUAUAAAAUUUUUGUACAUUUGGUCCUUAAAGGGUUAAAGGGUUAUGACAUUCUAGAGAUCGAAAAAAUAGGUGUUUUUUGAGAAUUUUUUUUAAAGCAAACCACGAAGGCAAUCACAAUUAUGAUCUGAGGAGUUUAUUGUACAUUUGUUAAAGUGUAAAAAUUAUAAAUAUUAUAAAAUUUUAUUGAAAUUUGUGGCGCUGAUUUUUCUAAUCUGGUUUUUGGCGCGAAGGGUCAGUAUAGUUUCCAAUUAUCAUUAUUUCCAUUCAACUUGAAUUCUCCCGCGCUUCUUGUAUGCGUAAAAAAGCAGAUUUACAUUAUGGUCACAACUGAAAAGAUAUUUUCGUUCUUCAUAAUCAGUUGACGUGUUGCGCAAAAUAUCGGCACUACUUUUUAAAUCGUGCAAAAAAUAAAAAAUACUUUUAAUAAUAUAUCAAAGUGUAAUUAGCAUUAAAUUUUUUUAGUUUUCACUCUCAGCCUUAAAGCAGUUUUACGUAGAAGGAAGUGAAGUCAUUUCAUCCUCUAAUCUACAUUAAACAGCAGCGAAAAAAAAUAAUACUCAAAUCAUAUCAGGAAAGGCUACUUUCGAAUUUUUGAAAAUGUUCAGCGAAUACGAUUUAAUGACAUUGAGGAAGGCGCUCGAAGACUCUGCACAGUACAUGACAAGGGAAGUUAAAGACGAACAUGUGGCGAUCUGCAUCGGAGCAACAAGAGCUGGGAAAAGUACACUAAUUAAUUACUUAAUAGGCAACAAACUGAAAGCCGUGCGAGUGACGCGGGUUCAGCCAGUGACAAUAGUCAAAGCAGACAAUGAAUCAAGUGGACCGGAAAUUGGUGCUGGAUCGACAUCAAAAACCACAAUACCCACAAGGUGGACAUCGAAUAAUUUACCCGACCUAGUCAUCUGGGACGCUCCCGGCUUUGACGACAACAGAGGAGCAGUGCAAGACAUCACCAAUGCAUUUUAUCUCUACCAAUUGGUGCAGAACGUUAAAUCUCUAAAAGUCGUUUUAGUUGUCGACAUCAAUGACAUUCUUCACGAUAAUAUCAAACAUUUCCUCACAGUCUUGAAAGCUGUCGAAAGUCUAUUGGGCAGCAGAAUGAAGUCACUAUUCUCAGCGAUUUCAGUAAUUUUCACAAAGGUGCCAAAUACUCUCGAAGAUAUUCCCGUUGACAUGCAAUUUAUAAACGAAAAAUUAACAUACCAAUUUCUAUCCAGCAACGACUUGGAAUUAUCACAAGUUUCCGUAGACUUUGUUCGGUAUUUAAUGGCAAACAACAAUCAAGUAGCUUUCUUUAAAAGAACUCAAGUCGCUGAUGUCACUUCAGCCAUUGAUGUAAAUAUUUUUCCCGUCAUUAAAAAUUCCGCAAGCAUUCUAAGAACCACUCUUCAAGAACUACGUCCUAGCAUUUCAGAAUCCUCGAAGCUCUCCUUAUUCCACGGCAGGGAGAAAUUAAUCUCAAAGACAUCAUUCACUGAUUUGGAAAACGCAAUCAGUGCUUUAUGUCAGAUCAAGAUACAAGAAGUAGAAUCGUUGGUAAACAAUAAUCCUGAAACAGAGCAGAAAAUAAUGAAUCUCAAGAGAAAGCUAACUAUUAUUGAAUCAAAAUUAAUGAAUGCCAUUCUUUACGAAGUUGAUUUUUUCAAAAAACUGGAAAUUCUCGAAUCAAUUGAUAUUGAAAUUAAAAUCAAAAUAAUUGAGCAUAACUUGAUAGAUAAAAUUAAACUCAUGGGAUUUGUUGAUAAAUUAUUGGACCUCGAAGAACUUACGAUAUUGGCACUCAAUGUUCAAAGUGUUUUAUUGUCAUCAGUUUCAAAAGUGAAAGAGGCGAUUUCUUUAACAAGUGUAAAAUUAGGCGAAAUAACACAUCAAAAGCAUAUGGAAGAUAUGCAACAAGAACAGGAAAGACACAAUAAUGAAAUUAAGGAUUUAGAGAAAAAAAUACAAGAAUUAACUGCCUCGAAUGAUAAAAAAAAGGGUUUUUUCAAGACUCUUUUCAAGACUGUUACCAAACCUAUCAAAGAUGUCUGUAAUUUUGUUGAUGAUGUUUUAGAUAAAGCUUUUAAAUCGUAAAAAAGUAUUAUUUAAAAACUAUUCUUUACAAAAUUCUAUGAUUCUAAGAAUUACUCAAUGAAAUAAUCAUCAAAAAUAUGUAAAGUACGUUUUAUUGCAUGAGUAUUGAUGUCUAAAAUAAUUUUUUUUAAUAAAAUUUAAUUACAACGGUUGUACAGCAUUUUAUUCGAAGAAGGCUUCUUUUUUUACAUAAAAAAUGUUAAACUGCAUAGGACUAGGCAAAGAGCUGUAAGCAUCAGGAAAAUACAAACUUUUUUCAAUAAAUCGUAAAAAAAAUUUCUAAUUUUUCGCUUAAAAAUAUAUAAAAAUCACCAAUUCCUUUUCCUGUAUUUUUUCUGUAAUCUACACGUGAAAAUAAAUAAAAAUACCCAACGCCAGUCCAGUAUAUUAAGAAUUAUGAGAACUAGCAAGAUUAAAAUUAUUAUUAAAAAUUUUAAUUUUUCAUUGAAAACACCAUGAAGAUGAAUUCUAAUCAUUUUCGCUAUAUUUGUGCUGUAAUUUACGCGUGAAAAUACAUAAAUUCGCCAAUUCCACGAAUAACGAGGCGCGAAGCAUUGCACACUUCCCUAGUAGAAAUUUGUCGUGGCAUGACUAGAUUUAUUCAAGUUACUGUACAGUUUUAGUCAUGGAAGUUUAAUCUAGCUUAACUGGC